AUGGAGUUGAUUUCACAAAAGGAUAAUAGAAGUCCAGAUGCUGCUAAAGCAAGUUCAAGUGUUACCAAAGACUGUGAUUUCAUGUCUCCUAAGCUUAGUGAUUGGUCACGUAGAGGUUCAGAAGACAUGCUUGAUUGUUUUCUUGAUCAAGGCGAUAAUUCUGUAUCAAUGGAUGAUCUUAAAGCUCACCCCUCUAUGUCAUGUAGGACCCACUUUGGUCCUAAAUCUGACCAAGGAAUGACCACAUCAUCUGCUGGCAGCAUGACUCCUAGGUCGCCAUUGAUGACACCAAAAACCAGCCAGAUAGACUUGUUAUUGGCAGGGAAAGGGUGCCUAUUAUGA